AUGGAGAGAAAACUGGACAAUAAAAUGAAAAAGGAACUGUCCUACUUAGCUACUUUAAACGACAGAAACAUAUCCUUGCUGUCUAUUCAUAAGCAGCAGGCAGCUCGUGAUGUGCCUGAACUACUGAUUAUUGGUGAAAAGUCCAAGAUGGCAUCUCCGCCAAAAGCAAGCAGUAACUUGCAGAAAGAAGAGAAACUUUCGCAGAGUUACUCCAUGGGCAUGACAGAAGUCAGUACAGAUGAAAGGCAGGCUUUGUCCAACAUUGAUUCUCCUCCUGGCUGUGAGCUGAAGCCUACAAUGAAACAUAAUUUUGCUUUUGACAACAUGGGCUAUGAGGCGAGCUCUGAAACCAUGCCCUCUCCACCUUCCCAAGAGCAUAUUGUGGUACUCAACAUUGUGGGAAUGACUUGCCAAUCAUGUGUGCAGUCGAUAGAAGGCCGAAUUUCCAAGGUGAAGGGCAUUUUGAGAAUUAAAGUCUCCCUUGAACAGAACAAUGCUGUUAUCAAGUAUCGGCAGUCGGAAAUAAGCCCUGAACAGAUUUGCCAGGAAAUUCUGGAUAUGGGCUUUGACGCCAACAUAGCAGAAGAGAAGUUGACAACAGCAACUGUAAAUUUUCCAAGCUUGAAAGAAGCAGUAGCUAAGCUUCGGGUAGAAGGCAUGACCUGCCAGUCCUGUGUCACCAACAUUGAAGGAAAGAUUAGGAAACUGCAUGGAGUGGCAAAAAUCAAGGUGUCACUUGAUAACCAAGAAGCAAUUAUUGUUUACCAUCCUUACAUCAUUCAGCCUGAUGACCUCAAGAGACACAUCAGUGACCUGGGGUAUGACUGCACCAUUAAAAGUAAAUCAGCCCCUUUGAAGCUGGGUGCCCUUGAUCUCCAGCGCUUGCAGAAUGCAAACCCCAGGGAGACACCUGCAAGCCUUGAUAGUGAUGGGCUGGACCUGCUGGUCCCCAAGAUGGGUAGCACAGCAACAGUGACUGUACAGAUAGAGGGCAUGCACUGCAAGUCCUGUGUCAGAAACAUCGAAGGAAAUAUAUCAGAUCUUCCUGGCAUAAAAAGUAUUAAAGUGUCUUUGGAGCAUAAAUGUGCUGUGGUACAGUACAGCCCUGAUUUAAUCACCCUGUCAGCUUUCCAGCAAGCUAUCGAAUCCCUUCCACCUGGAAACUUUAAAGUAAGCCUCCUUAGUGGUUCAGAAGCAAAUAAAGCAGCAUCUUCCUCAGGUGCUUUCACAUACAAUGUCGUCAGACAGCCGCCACAAGGCAUGACACAUGUGGCUGUUAUUAAGAUUGAUGGCAUGACCUGCCAUUCUUGUGUACAGUCCAUAGAAGGGGCCGUAUCACAGAGGCAGGGGGUGCAGAAUGUAGCAGUUUCUCUAGCUGGCAGUACUGGGACCAUACACUAUGAUCCAGCUGUCACUAGUGGAGAAGAAUUAAGAGCUGCCAUAGAAGAUAUGGGAUUUGAUGCCUCUGUGCUGACAGACACCGCCCCUGGAGAACACAGGUGCCAGCCUGAUGGCAGCAAAGCUGCUGUGCAGUCUCAAGCUUCAGAGCCUCCUCACCAUGGCAAUUCCCCAGAUGCUCUUCUAGACAGUCCUCACCCUGAUGGGUCAAACCAGCUCAGUGGAGCCAUAGAAGAAAAGUGUGUUUUACAGAUCACAGGCAUGACCUGUGCAUCGUGUGUGUCUACCAUUGAAAGAAAUUUGCAGAAAGAAGAUGGAAUUGUUUCAGUGUUGGUAGCACUGAUGGCAGGUAAAGCAGAGAUAAAAUACAAGCCAGAACUCAUACAGCCUCUUGAAAUAGCACAGCUGAUCCAGAAUUUGGGUUUUGAAGCUACCAUCAUGGAAAAUAAUGCAGAAACAGAAGGGCAAGUGGAGCUUCUUAUUACAGGGAUGACUUGUGCUUCUUGUGUUCACAAUAUUGAAUCCAAACUCAUGAGAACAAAUGGCAUAUUCUCUGCCUCAGUUGCACUUGCAACUAGCAAAGCUCACAUCCAGUUUGAUCCUGAAAUUAUUGGACCUCGAGAUAUUAUAAAAGUAAUCAAGGAAAUUGGCUUUCAUGCUUCUGUGGCUAAAAGAGCUCCAAAUGCACAUAACCUAAGUCAUAAAAAGGAAAUACAGCAGUGGAGGAAAUCUUUCUUAUACAGCCUAGUGUUUGGUAUCCCUGUUGUAGUCUUAAUGAUUUAUAUGCAAAUACCCAAUGGUGAAGACCAUGGGUCUAAGGUGCUGGAACAGAACCUCAUUCCUGGAUUAUCUAUUUUGAAUCUUCUCUUUUUUAUCCUGUGCACUUUUGUUCAGUUCCUUGGUGGAUGGUAUUUUUAUGUGCAAGCCUACAAGUCCCUGAGGCACAAGACAGCCAAUAUGGAUGUGCUCAUCGUGCUGGCCACGACGAUUGCUUAUGUGUAUUCCUGUGUGAUCCUGGUAGUAGCAAUCCUUGAAAAGGCAGAGAAAAGCCCUGUCACUUUCUUCGACACUCCUCCCAUGUUGUUUGUGUUCAUUGCACUUGGCAGAUGGCUGGAACACAUAGCCAAGGGCAAGACCUCAGAAGCUCUUGCUAAGCUUAUGUCUCUUCAAGCCACAGAAGCCACUGUGGUGACUCUUGGACCUGGCCACUCUAUUGUCAGGGAGGAGCAAGUACCUGUUGAACUGGUUCAGAGGGGUGAUAUUAUAAAAGUUGUUCCUGGUGGAAAGUUCCCAGUGGAUGGAAAGGUCAUUGAUGGCAGUUCUAUGGCAGAUGAGUCUCUCAUUACCGGGGAACCUAUGCCAGUCGUUAAAAAGCCUGGGAGCACAGUGAUUGCUGGUUCUAUAAAUGCAUAUGGCUCACUUCUUGUUAAUGCAACUCAUGUUGGUAGUGAUACCACUCUGGCACAGAUUGUGAAAUUGGUGGAAGAAGCUCAAAUGUCAAAGGCACCUAUCCAGCAACUGGCAGAUAAAUUUAGUGGAUACUUUGUUCCAUUUAUCAUCAUCAUUUCAACUGUGACAUUGAUAGCAUGGAUCACAAUUGGUUUUGUAAACUUUGAUAUUAUUAAAAAAUAUUUUCCUAAUCAGAGCAAAAACAUUUCAAAAGCUGAAAUAAUUCUGAGGUUUGCAUUUCAAACCUCAAUCACUGUGCUGAGCAUUGCAUGCCCUUGCUCUUUAGGCCUGGCUACCCCCACAGCUGUAAUGGUGGGCACAGGAGUGGCUGCACAGAAUGGAAUUCUCAUCAAAGGUGGAAAACCCCUGGAAAUGGCACAUCAGAUCAAGACUGUGAUGUUUGAUAAAACUGGGACCAUCACCUAUGGAGUUCCUAAAGUCAUGAGGGUGCUUUUGAUGGGAGACACAGCUGUGCUCCCCCUGAAGAAGGUACUGGCUGUUGUUGGUACAGCAGAAGCCAGCAGCGAGCAUCCUUUAGGAAUGGCUGUCACUAAAUACUGCAAAGAGGAGCUUGGCACUGAGAGCCUGGGAUACUGCACGGACUUCCAGGCAGUCCCCGGCUGUGGUAUCAGCUGCAAGGUCGGAGGAGUUGAGGCCAUCCUUGGCACAGCUGAGGAAGCUCCCAAUAAGCUGGAUGCUAACAGGACUGGGGACAGCAGUGCUCCUCUGGGAGAUAAUGGAGUUAUCCCACUCUUGGAAUCACAAGGUCCAUCAGCUUCUGAGAAAUACUCGGUGUUGAUCGGAAAUCGUGAAUGGAUGCGACGCAACGGCUUGAAUAUUGCAAAUGAUGUAAAUGAUGCAAUGACAAACCAUGAAAUGAAAGGACAGACUGCCAUACUAGCGGCUAUAGAUGGUGCGUUGUGCGGAAUGAUCGCCAUAGCAGACACCGUCAAGCAGGAGGCAGCCCUUGCUGUGCACACACUGCAGAGCAUGGGAAUAGACGUGGUGCUCAUAACAGGGGACAACAGGAAAACUGCAAAAGCCAUUGCUACUCAGGUUGGGAUCAAAAAAGUCUUUGCGGAGGUUCUUCCUUCUCAUAAGGUUGCAAAGGUCCAGGAGCUCCAAAAUGGAAAGAAGAAGGUUGCAAUGGUUGGUGAUGGAGUCAACGAUUCCCCUGCACUAGCCAAGGCCGAUGUUGGAAUUGCAAUUGGAACGGGCACCGAUGUUGCCAUUGAAGCUGCAGAUGUUGUUCUUAUCCGAAAUGAUUUGCUGGAUGUAGUUGCCAGUAUUCACUUGUCCAAGAGAACAGUUCGAAGAAUACGAAUAAAUCUGAUUCUUGCCUUAAUUUAUAAUCUGCUUGGAAUACCCAUAGCAGCAGGUGUGUUCAUGCCUGUUGGCCUUGUGCUUCAGCCUUGGAUGGGGUCAGCUGCAAUGGCAGCUUCUUCUGUGUCUGUCCUGCUGUCUUCACUACAGCUGAAAUGUUACAAGAAGCCAGACACAGAAAGUUACGAAGCACAAGCUCAAGGCCGCAUGAAGCCACUCACUCCUUCUCAAAUCAGUGUCCACAUUGGAAUGGACGAUAGGAGGAGGGACUCUUCCAAACCGUCUCCUUGGGACCAGACAAGCCAAGUGUCCCUCUCCUCCUUGGCUUCAGACAGACUGCCAAGACACAAUGGCUUCAUCCAGGAGGAAGGGGGCAAAUGGUCAUUGCUCAUAAACGGAGCAGAUGAGGAGCAGUACAUCUGA